CCGAGUCUCAGACGCCAGAAUGGAAACGCUCCUCGGUGCGCUCACUGGCACUCCUCCCUCUCCUCCUCUUGCUCGGCAGCUUCUUCUGAAUUGCGCAUCGGCACUCCGGCAGCAGCACAUCGGGAGUCACGAGCAACAACGAGAGAAACACAUUUAGAGAAGUGAAGAAAAGUGAGCGAGAUGAUGAGCUCUGUGUGCGCGCGGACCAAACAGAUGAUGGAUUGAACUUUAAACAUGUGCAGGUGGGAUCUGGAUCCAACUCUUCUUCGUUUGUGGAAUAUGUUAAACGGAGAUUUCCAGCUGGGCUGAUGCUGAUUAAUGAAACCAUGACACGUUUUCUUCUUCUUCUGCUCACAGAGGUGAUGCUUUUUGUGUGAGGCUGAUCCAAACUCCGACGCAAAGAGUCCCUGAACCCGGGACUAAACGAGGACUCUGCUUCCCGUUUUUGACAGGCUGUUGACAAAGACAAAAGACAUCCAAAUAACGAUGUAAUAAAAAGAUUUCCUGCACACAUCGCAGAGUGAAUGGAAACAAAGUGCACCGAGCGGCAUCCAAGUGCGUCAGAAGUGAGCGGAGCGCCGUUACGCAUGGAGACAGCUCGGCGCUGAGAGGAUUUUUCUGCCUGUUCUUAAUUCUUUUUUUUUAUGAUUUUAACUCUGACAAAAGAGGGAAAAAGUGAUUCUACUCCUCCUCAAACAGAAAAUGAGUAGCUGUCUUCUCAGACUAGCACUCUUCGUGGCUUGCGUCCUCUCCAUCCGCUGCACCGCUGCGCCCGGGACCGAGGCGGAGGCGCAAACGGCGUCCCAGAAUACCUGCGCGUCCUGCGGCGUGGCUCAGCCGGAGGACCCCGAGUCGGGCCGGCUGAACGUGGACUUCCUGGAGGCGGUGAAGAGGCACAUCCUGAGCAGGCUGCAGAUGCGGGAGAGGCCCAACAUCACGCACCCGGUGUCGAAGGCGGCCAUGGUGACGGCGCUGAGGAAGCUGCACGCCGGGAAGCUGCGCGAGGACGGGAGGGUGGAGAUCCCCAACCUGGACGGACACCCGAUGAGCAACGACGUGCUGGAGGAGAGCUCCGAGAUCAUCAGCUUUGCGGAGAAAGAUGAUUUGGUGACGUCCAAGUCCAGCCUGUUCUUCCAGAUCUCCAACGAGGGGAACCAGAACCUGUACGCGACGCAGGCCACCCUCUGGCUCUACUUCAAGCUGCUGCCGUCCCCCCUGGAGGUGCGCCCGAGGAGGAAGGUGACGGUGAAGGUGUACUACCAGGAGCCCGGCCUCAGCAGCAAGUGGAACCUGGUGGAGAAACGUGUGGAGCUGAAGCGCAGCGGCUGGCACACCUUCAUGCUGACCGACGCCGUGCGGCUGGUGUUCGAGAAGGGCGACCGGCGGCAGAACCUGGACGUGCGGUGUGAGGGCUGCGAGACGGACGGCGUCGUCCCCGUCCUGCUGAACCACAACGACGAGUCCCACCGGCCCUUCCUGGUGGUUCAGGCCCGGCAGGCCGACAACAAACACCGGAUCCGUAAGAGGGGGUUGGAGUGUGACGGCAGCAGCAGCCUGUGCUGUCGCCAGCAGUUCUACAUAGACUUCCGGCUCAUCGGCUGGAACGACUGGAUCAUCGCUCCGUCGGGUUACUUUGGGAACUACUGCGAGGGGAACUGUCCCGCCUACAUGGCAGGCGUCCCCGGAUCUGCCUCCUCGUUCCACACGGCGGUGGUGAACCAGUACCGCAUACGGGGGAUGAGCCCGGGCUCCAUGAACUCCUGCUGCAUCCCCACCAAGCUCAGCACCAUGUCCAUGCUCUACUUCGACGACGAGUACAACAUCGUGAAGCGGGACGUUCCAAACAUGAUCGUGGAGGAGUGCGGCUGUGCUUGAGUUGGUUUUUUAUUUAAGGUGGAACUGAAGAACUUCACCAUUUCACAAAAAAAAAAAAAAAAGAAUAUAGAAACAGAAUAUUUAUGGACGAUGGAGCGUGCACCUCAUCCACACAUAUCUACACGCCUGCACAAAACUUGUACAUAUAUUUAUGUUUGUUGAUAUAUUUUGCUAUAUUCUCCGGAGGACGACGUCUCUGAGAUAGUAAAAGGUUUGCUUUGAGAGUGUUUUAAAGACUCACUGUUAGAGUGAGAGUUAGAGUCUCAACUCUUCAUGUGUAGAAAACAAACCAUGAGCGUGGAGGAGGAGCCUUACAGGAGUCACAGAGACGGUGGAGGUGAUUCAAUGAUGCCUCUUUUUAAAUGUCAAUGCACCAAUCAGACUUCACCGACGUACAGCACUUCAGGAGUCACGCUGACACUCUGCUCCUCCAUCACACCGGCUUCAAGCAGAGAAACAUCUGAAAACUUCAUCUGUAGAGACUUCUCAUCACCAAACUGUAUGACGCAGCUCUCCUGAGUUUGACUUUCCUCUUGUGGAUCGUUCUUCUCUCUUAUUGUUGUUGGGAGUUGAUCAAUCAAAAGUCUAAAAGUAUCUGCUCUGGGUAAGUGCUUGACUGUGUCUAACUCUAAGUACUGAUGGGAUGAUUCAUCGAAAACCGAUCGGUCUGUCUCCUCUUGAAUAUCAAAUAUCACAUGUUGCACAGAGUUAAUCAUUUCAAUUGAAUAUUAUCACAGCUUUCCCCCGUUAAUCUGAUCUUUGAUGGUGAGAUGUGAAAGUACUUUGGGUUCUUGUUGAAACAUUUCUCUUCCCGUCAUGAGACAGAGCGGAGGGUGCAAAUCUUUGACCGUCACUGUGAUGGUCAGGUGUCUCUGUAUCGAUGAAGUU